AUGUUUUCAACUAAAGGACAAUCCAGCAGCAAGGACUAUAACUCUGGCUGCAGGGACUGCAACUCUGACUCUGACAGCAGGUACUACAACUCUGUCUACAACUCUGAUUGCAAGGACUACAACUCUGAGUCCAAGGACUACAACUCUGACUGCAAGGACUACAACUCUGACUGCAACUCUGACUGCAAGGACUACAUCUCUGGCUGCAGGGACUACAACUCUGACUGCAAGGACUACAACUCUGACUGCAAGGACUACAACUCUGACUGCAACUCUGACUGCAAGGACUACAACCCUGACUGCAAGGACUACAACUCUGACUACAACUCUAAGUCCAAGGACUACAACUCUGACAGCAAGGACUACAACUCUAACUACAAGGACUACAACUCUGACUGCGACUCUGACUACAAGGACUACAACUCUGGCUGCAGGGCCUACAACUCUGACAACAGGGACUACAACUCUGACUGCAAGGACUACAACUCUGAUCACAAGGACUACAACUCUGGCUGCAAAGACUACAACUCUGACUGCAAGGAAUAA